CUGAGCUGCCGAAGCAAAAUGGGGCUCUUGACAGCAGCCACUGUUGUCCUCCUGGUUUGCAUAGCUUGCCUGCUCUCCAUCACAGCAUGGAGAAGGAAGUCUGGAAAGGGAAAGAUGCCUCCAGGACCAUCUCCUCUUCCCAUCCUAGGCACCAUGAUGCAGGUGAAACCAAAGGACUUGGCUAACACCCUCCGUAAGCUCAGUGAAGAGUAUGGACCAGUGUUCACAGUGCACCUGGGCCCUGACCCAGUGGUGGUUCUGCAUGGACAUGACGUGGUGAAAGAAGCCUUGAUUGAUCGUGCAGAUGAGUUUGCUGCCAGAGGACACAUGCCAAUAGGGGACAGGGCUAACAAUGGAUUAGGGAUUAUCUUUAGCAACAACAAGGAAUGGUUAGAAGUCCGGCGGUUUGCUCUCACCACUCUGCGCAACUUUGGAAUGGGGAAGAGGAGCAUUGAACAGAGGAUUCAGGAGGAAAGUGAGCACUUGCUGGAAGAGAUCAACAAAACAAAUGGAGCACCUUUUGACCCAACCUUCAUGCUAAGCUCUGCUGUAUCCAACAUCAUAUGCUCCAUCAUCUUUGGGAAACGAUAUGAUUACCAAGACAAGAAGUUCCUGGCCCUGCUGGCCAACAUGAACAGCAUUGCUAAGAUGAUGAACUCCCACUGGGGACAGCUCUACCAGAUGUUUUCAAAGAUCAUGGAUUACUUGCCUGGCCCACACAACAAGAUAUUCACAGAAUUUGAUGUGCUAAAAGCCUUUGUGUCAGAGGAGGUGAAAAUACACCAAGCCUCCCUAGAUCCCAGCUCCCCUCAGGAUUUCAUCGACUGCUUCCUCAGCAAGAUGCAGGAGGAGAAAGAGAAUCCCAAUUCCAGUUUCCACAUGGAGAACCUGAUAACCAGUGCCUUCGACUUGUUCAUUGCUGGAACUGAGACAACUAGCACCACUGUUAGAUAUGGGCUUCUGCUUCUUCUGAAACACCCAAAGAUACAAGAGAAAGUUCAAGAAGAGAUUGACCGGGUAAUAGGACGAUCACGAAGACCUUGUGUCGCUGACCGGACACAGAUGCCCUACACAGAUGCGGUGGUUCAUGAAAUCCAGCGCUUCAUCGCCCUCGUCCCCCUGGCUCUCCCUCACACUGUGAUCAAAGACACCAACUUCAGAGAGUACAUCAUUCCUAAGGGCACCACAAUCUUUCCCGUUAUCAGUUCUGUCUUAUAUGACAAAAAAGAGUUUCCAAACCCAAAUGAGUUCAACCCUGAACAUUUCUUGAAGGAGAAUGGCACCUUUAGGAAGAGCGACUUGUUCAUGCCCUUCUCAGCAGGGAAGCGAAUAUGCCCUGGAGAGGGCCUGGCACGUAUGGAGAUAUUCUUACUGGUUGCCACCAUCUUGCAGAACUUUACCUUGAAGUCUGUUGUUGACCCCCAGGAACUCGAUAUAACCCCAACACUGAGUGGGACAACCAACAUACCUCGUGCCUACCAGCUCUGUGCUCUGCCCCGCUGAAAAGCACAAAACCUCUCUUACACACUGUCCUGAGCCUGGCUACUCCUUUGCACCUCCCUUAGUAAAAGCAAUGUCAGAAGCAUUGGCUCACCUUUUCAAGGUCACCAGGAAGGCAGCCGAAGUACAGGUAUAUGCACAGAGCAGAAACCUUAAAGGCCUCCCACCAUUGCUUCACCACAUCACAGGGAGGUCCUGGAUGACAUUGCAGUCUGUUGCACUGACACUCUGACCAUGGGCUCACUGAGGAUAGCGGCUGCAUCAAACAGCUGAUUUUCCUCACAAACACAGCUCCCUGGGCUGCCCAUGACCUGCUUCUCCCACAGCACAAGAGCAGAAUGUUUUGCAGAUGGAUAGUGCUGCACAUGUGUACAUUAAUGAUGUCAUAAAUAAAAAUCAGUUUAUGAGGA